UCACCAUUCGUGAGAUAUCGCGGUUUUAAUCAUUAGAAAAUUCAUAUUUUACAUAAUAUGCACUAAAAUGCAGCCUGUACGCGUCAUCGGACGUUCAAUAUAAAUGAAAAUAAGAAAUUAUUGGUUUGUGUUAUACACAAUAUAAAACUUGUUUAAAUUGAAUGAAUAUUUUAAAAUAAUAGACUAUACAGUCAGUCCCUAAUUCCCUUCGUCGGUAACGUGAGCAGACUUGCUUUUUGGUAAUAUUUUCGAUUUUAAUUUGUGCUGUUAAAUAAUUUUAACAAAAUGUCAGAAGUUUGUUUCAUUUGUGAUAAACCUUUGGAAGAAAGUGAAGUUGUUGUUGUGGAUCGUGGAAUGAAGACUUUGAUUGAUGCAAGUGUUGAAAGAAAUGAUAAGUUUUUUGAAUACUUGAAAGACAAGCAAUCUGUGACAGUCCACGUGCAGUGUCGUAAAAUGUACACUCGAAAGAGUAGUAUUGUUUCAGCUAAAAGACAGCGCGAGACAGAACAAGGUAGUACAUCCACGAUAAGUCCACCUCAUACUAGAGCACGAGUAAGUGAGCCAGAUUUCAACUUUAAAAGAUAUUGUUUAUUUUGCGGCGAUGAAGCAAAUGAAGAAGCUGAAAAGAAGAAAGCGCAAAAUGUUCGUCGUAAAAUAUAUAAUGUAUCUACACUUGAAUUUAAAGAUUCCAUUUUAAAGGUAGCUCGGACUCGUUCUGAUGACGUAGCAAAAGCUGUUAUUGCCCGCAUUGAGUAUGAAUUUGACUUAGUUGCUGCUGAAGCUAAGUACCACAAUAAUUGUUAUAAUAUAUUUCUGAGGCCUACUACAAAAUGUAAAGUCGGACGUCCCGAAGAUGAUUCAGUGAACUUGGCGAUGGAGGGAAUAUUUCAAUACAUUGAAAAUAGUGAUGAUUGUCAAUUUUCAUUGCAAGAAUUAAAAGACAUAAGCAAAAAUCCAACUAUAGAUAAUAAAACAAUUAAAAGAAGAUUAAAGUUAAAGUAUGGUGAUAAAAUUAUUAUAACUGAGAAAAAAGGGAGUUUAACAAUUAUCUGUUUUAUUGACAAUCAGUACGAUAUUCUCAAUAAAGCUUGGUAUGAAAAUAAAAAACAAAAUAUAAACGAAGAACGAUUAAGAAUACUGAAAGCUGCCGCAGCAAUUAUUCGAGAGGAUAUUCAAUCUGUAGUGAUUAAUAAUGAUAAUUAUCCCCCGCCGAGUCAAAUGUUUGAAAAUAUUGACAGCGAUAUUCCAGAGUCAUUGACUUAUUUUUUGGAGCAGGUAAUUUUAAAAAAUCGACGAUUUAAAUUAGAUCAUCUAAAAUUAAUAUGUACAACUAUCAGCCACUGUAUAAUUACUGCUGUUCGACCUAGGUCUUUCAAAUCAAGAUUGCAAUUGGGUUUAUCAGUUUUUUUUCAUCGACGAUUUGGAUCAAAACGUCUUAUACAGAUUUUUUCGUCUUUCGGAUUAUGUGCAUCAUAUAAUGAUACUAUAAUGUAUGAGGCAGCAGCCGUUCUGCAUCGUCCACCGUAUAUUUUGCCACCAGAAACUGGCACAUUCGUUCAGUAUGUUGCAGACAAUGCUGAUAUAAAUGUACAUACUUUGGACGGUCAUAAUACGCUUCACAUUAUGGGGAUCAUUAAAAUUAUUACUCCAAAAAGUUCAGUUACAGCAGAAGAGCCUAUAUUACGAACAAACAUACUUCCUUCAGCGCAACAUUUUGCAGAAAAAGCUCAUGUGCCUAUACAAGUCUAUCAAACAGAUGGUAUAGUAGGAUAUAGCAAAAUAGCUGUGCAGGAUUUUGAUUAUGAAAGUAAUACAACAACAUCUUUACUUAAAAAAGUAGAUAUGUUAUGGUUAUAUGGGAAACCACGUUAAAAAAAAUGCGCCGAGUACAUUACCCCAUAGGUGGUGCGGAAAUUUGUGCAUAUUACGUAAAAUAUGCAUUUAUGUAAAAUAUUAAUGAUUAAAACCGCAAUAUCUCACGAAUGGUGAGUCGUAAGAGAAAAAGUGACUGAACCAUUUUUGUAGAGAAUUGUAUGAUCUACAACUUUUGUCUGUAUUAUUUUACGAUAAAACUUACCGUUUUGG